AUGGGUAACAUUGCAUCGGUAAUUUCAUCAAAGCGACGUAGGAGGCACACUCUGAGCCCUAGUCAAGAUAUUGAUACACUGUCUCAACUGCACAGACCCUCACCAGCCGAAUUAGAUAGACUACGACUACAACAUCUUAUCGUCAAAACAGUAUGGCAGGGAAACUUUUCUUCUCCUUGCCACGACGCAUUACGCAGUGGUUGUCCUAGAAUAUUAAAUGUUGGCUGUCGGCCUGGUACUUGGAUUAAUGACACCGCAUUCGAGUAUCCAGAGGCGCAUUUCGUAGGAGUCGAUAUAUUGCCCGAAAAUCUCUUUGAACAAUCUCAUUUUAAUGUCGAAUUUAAACAGACAAGGUCGCUGACAAGGUUACCCUUUGAAUCCAGUACGUUUAGUUUUGUCACAAUGUCUUUUCUUAUGCUACAAGUCUCGAGCGAAGAAUAUGCAGAAGUGGUGAAAGAAUGCGUGAGAAUGCUCAAGCCGGGUGGAUGGAUUGAGAUAAUGGAAAUCGAUUGUGGAUUACAGAAUCCCGGUCCCGCAACGACGGAAAUGCUAAUGCAUAUACAACAUUCUCUUCACGUUUGCGCAAACCAAUCAGUCACACAGAAAGUCCGUUCAAAAAACCGGGACCCAUACAUAGCAGGUUCAGUUGAAAUAUUUCUAAAAGAGACUGGUAAACUAUCACACAUCCAACAUGAAACUCGUGACUGGCCACUUGGAUCGUGGGCAGGUAAAUUUGGAGACAUGAGCAACGCAACUGCAAACGAAAUCUUUGUUGAUUAUGCUAAACAAUUUGCCAUGUCAAUUACUUCCGAGCCGGAGGAACUGGAAGAGUUGGCAAAAAAGUAUCUAGUUGAAUGGGAGACUAACCGAUCUUCAGUAAGGAUGAACAGGUUUUAUGCACAGAAACAAUAG